AUGUUUUUGGCGAACAACAACGACCUCUCCGACUCCUCGUCACAAGGUGAGGCUGAGCCCGUUAAGAAGCCCGUGGAGAAGCAGAGGAAGAAGAGCACUCCCAAGGAGAAGGCCCAACCCAAGAAGACGAAUCCGCCCAAGGAGAAGAAGAAUCCGCCAAAGGAGAAUCCGUCCGAGCAGGAGAAGAAGAAUCCGCCGAAGGAGAAUCCGUCCGAGCAGAACGAGAAGAAUCCGCCGAAGGAGAAGAAUCCGUCCGAGCAGAGCGAGAAGAAUCCGCCCAAGGAGAAGAAGAAUCCAUCCAAGGGGAUGAAGCGACCUGCAGCCGAGAACGAGCACCAGGACCAGCACGAGGGCGAGAACCGCGGCUACAAGCUCCGACCCUACCGCAAGACGCAGGCGAUGGCGAUAUCGCGAACAAGUGGUGGGCAGGUGCUGCAAGUCAAAGCCAAGGGUGCCUCUUUCGAGCAGAAUACUGAGGUCGCCGAGGUCUUGAUCAAGUUCCUGCGAGAUGGCACUCCCCUGGAAGAGGUCAUGUCAAUGAAGGCCAACAUGUGCAGCGAGCUCGAAAGCAAGAUCGCCGGCAAGUAG